AGGAUGGGGCAGGACUGCGCGGUGUUUCGCUCUGAGUCGGAACUGACUCCACAGCACCUAGCGACACCAACAACUACAUCUCAACCCAAAAGAUGCCCUAGAAACCUCAGGAGGCAGUGAGUCCAUGUUCCCGAGGGAGGACGGGUUCAGAAAAGGAGGCUGGGAAUAGGCACACAGCUCCCUCCCUCACUGCUCUGGCACCGAUGCUGACUCACAGCCAACCUAUGGGGGUCCACGGCUGUAGCUCCUUACGGGAGUAGAAAGCCCAUCUUUCUCCCAAAGAGCAGCUGUUAGUUUCAAACUGCUCACCUUGAGGCUAGCUGCCCAACUUGUAACCACUGUGCGAGCAGGGCCCCGAGCAGUUGCACAAGUAGGAGAGUGUCAUAAUGCCGCCGAGUGCCACACAGAGAAGCUGUUGAAAAGAUGUGGAGCUCUGCUGCGUAUCUUCUCAACCACUGCAACAGAGUGAAAGUGCAAAUAUUACUGCACCCAGCCGCCGACAGCCUUCCCCCACCCAGCCGCCGGGGCCAGCUACAGCGCACCGUCCACUUCCGGGAUGGCCCCCACUGUGGCCGCAGCCUUUCCCCCGGCCACCCCACCACUCCACCCGGUCUCCCCGGUGGGGUACAGCGGGUACCAGCCCCACACCAGCCAAGACUUUGGCUACAACAGCCGGGCCCAAGAGCCCACGCCCAUGGCUAAAGCAGCCUACCAGGACAGUUACAACUAUGGGCCGAUGGCAGCCAGUGGUUACGAAGGCCAUCAGUAUACCCAGCCUGCAGCCAGCCACCCACCACACAGUGCCACCGACUCUCUCUACCAGGCAGGUAUUAAAGAAGGCUACAGCCAGCCUAGUGGAGGCUACAGUCAGACCCAGCCCGGAGGGACACCUCCCAGGUGCACCUAUCCCACCGGCAUGAGUGUCCCACCUGCUGCUUCGGCCCCGGCAGCACCAGCAUACACCCUGACCUCGUGCAGCGUGCCCACUGCCCCCUACCCCGGGUCCAACUACUCGGCCUACGACGGAUCGGCGUAUUCAUCCGCCGGGCAUUAUUAUCCGCCGACACCCACUCCGCAGACGCAGUCCCCGGCGCCCACCCCAUCCGCGCUGCCGCCACCCCCGCCGCCUCCCCCACUCCCGCCCCCCUCCUCGCAGUGGGCUGCUUCUGGGAACAGCCCCCACGCUGGGCCUGCCGCCGCCACCGCCACGAAGCCGUGCAAAGCCAGGAGCGGCCCCAGGCAGUCGCCGCUGCACUACUGCGAGGUCUGCAGGAUCAGCUGUGCGGGGCCCCAGACCUACCGGGACCACCUGGAAGGACAGAAGCACAAGAAGAAGGAGGCAGCUCAGCGGUCAGGCAGCCAGCCUGACGGCAGCCUGAGGAGCGUGCAGGCGCCACUGCGCUGUGGCCUGUGCGCCAUCUCCUGCACUGGGGCAGAUGCCUAUGCAGCCCACAUCCGGGGCGCCAAGCACCAGAAGGUCUACAAGCUGCACACCAAGCUGGGGAUGCCUGUCCCGAGCAUAGAGCCUGUGCCAGCCAGCACCAGCCCAGCCCAGACACCACGUGCUGGCCCGCCUGCGCCCUCCACCCCGGACAGCACCCCUGUGGCCUCUGCCAGGCCUGCCUCCACCCCCAGCCCAGGCGUCCCAUCUGGCAGGCUGCCAGCCAAAAGGCCCUUGACCGUGAAGGGCACAAGCACUGGACCAUCUCAGCCACAGGCGGCCCGAGGCCGGCCCACACAGGCCAUCCCACCCAAAGCAGAGGGCCCAAGCCAGCCGGCUGCUCGCGAUGGCUCCCGGGAGACCAGGGACUGGCGAGAGGCAGAGCCAGUGGGACCCAACUAUGUGGAGGAGGUGAAGAAUGAGGACGGGAGGACGGUCCGCUUUCGCUGCAAGUUGUGCGAGUGCAACUUCAACGACCCCAACGCCAGGGACAUGCACGUGCGGGGCCGGCGGCACCGGCUGCAGUACAAGAAAAAGGUGAACCCCGACCUCCCCCUAGUGUCGAAGGCCGGCAGCGGUGCCCGCAGGCUGCUGGAAGAGAAGCUGCGGAAGCAGAGGCAGAGAGAGCUGGCGCGGCGGCGGCAGGAGACCCAGCGCUGGCUGGCCGAGAUGAGGUGUUUUCGAACUGUUGACCUUCCAGUUAGCAGCCCAACACGUAACCACUACGCCACCAGGGCCUUUCAACUGCUUGUGAAUUACUGCCUAGCUCCACCCACCUUCCACCCCCUCCUCCCACGGAGAGGUCCAGCAGGCAGGGCCAGGCUGGGAGCCCAUAGGCCUGUGGGCUGCAGCCACUCUGGUGCUCGUCACGGACCCCACCCCUCCCUCCUGUCACUCCCCUCCCCUCCCCACCCUUCGAGCAGGUCUAUCCCCAGACUCCAGCUUGCGAAAGAUUGGGUGGUGAUAGGUUUUUGCUGGAGUCAGGCCCGUCUGGUUCCCCUCCACACACAUACACAUCAGCACGUGAUCCUCAUGGGUGGCCAGACUCCACCAGACACCGCAGCCCUGUGUGGGGUGGCAGUAGAAGGCGGGGCGGGGCUGUCCAAAGGACAGGAGUUUGGUGGUUCCGUCUGCCAGGUGACAGCUGUCUGUCCCGUCCUCUGUCCCUGCAGGCACUACCAGAAAGAGUGCUGGCAGAGGCGUAGGGAGGGCUGGCCAUCCUGGGAAGAGCACCCGAGCUGGACCGCCUGGCCUCCGCCCCCGCUCAUGGUCCGGGCCGGGGCCUCCGCCACGCCCCUCCUGUCAGCCCAGCGGCCCGAGUCCAGCAAUGACCGGCAUGUCCUGUGCAGGCACGCGGCCAUCUACCCCACGGAGGCCGAGCUGCUGGCCGUGCAGCAGGCCGUCUCCCACUCGGACAGUGCCAGUCCCGCCUCGCGGGUCCUGAAGGGCGUGAUGCGGGUCGGCCUCCUGGCGAAGGGUCUGCUCCUUCGGGGUGACAGGAUGGUGCGGCUGGCCCUGCUCUGCUCCGAGAAGCCCACAGGCGCCCUGCUGCACAAGAUCACUGAGCAGCUGCCCCGGCAGCUCCUGGUGGUGACACAGGACAGGUACGAGGUCUCUUCGGACAUUGAGGACAUCGUCAUCUCCUCUUGCCAGGAGCCCCGGAUGCGGGUCACGGUGUCUGUCACCUCGCCCGUGAUGCGGGAGGAGCCCUCCACAGACAUAGAAGGAGCAGAGGCGAGGCCUGACCCGGGGGAUGUCUUGAGCCCUGAGCGGUGCCUGGAAUCCCUGGCUGCCCUCCGCCAUGCUAAAUGGUUCCAGGCACGCGCCACCGGCCUGCAGUCCUGUGUGGUAGUUAUCCGGGUGCUCCGAGACCUGUGCCAGCGGGUGCCCACCUGGGGAGCCCUGCCCAACUGGGCGAUGGAGCUAUUGGUGGAGAAGGCGCUGAGCAGUGCUGUGGGGCCCCUGAGCCCCGGGGACGCCAUGAGGAGGGUCCUGGAGUGCGUGGCCACAGGGGCGCUCCUAACAGACGGGCCCGGGCUGCAGGACCCCUGCGAGCGCGACCCGAUGGACGUACUGGACGCCAUGACUGCGCAGGAGCGCGAGGACGUCACCGCCAGCGCACAGAAUGGGCUCCGGGCACCUGUCACCAAUGGCUCUGACCUCAAGAAGAGGAUGACAUGA